AUGACCGACGCACGCGCAGUCCGCUACCGAGCCCGGGGCUCGGGCACGUCCAGUUCGCGACCUAUCCGGAGGACGGCGCGAACGGGCUCAGGCCGGGGUACAGCCGGAGCUCGACGGAGGAGAAGUGGAAGAAGGAAGGUGCGGGGGCUGGCUUCCACAUUUUAUUUAUUUAUUCAUUCGUUCUUUUUUUAUAUAUAUAAUUCGGGUCGAACCUCCCCGGCUUACGCACGCUUCCUCGUCGUACCCCUAGAUCCCGGAACACCGCCGGCCGCGUUCGAAUCGUGGACGCCCGUCCCGCUCCGGCCGUGGUUCUGGAUCACGUUCGCGUGUGUCAUGGUCGGCGUCGCCAUCGGGCUCGAGGUCGCGUUGAGCAUCAGCAAGAAGCGGAACGGUGAGCCUGCCUCCCCUCCCACGCUGCCGCCCGUGUUCGUAGCCGGCUUGUUCGUCGCGCUGUGGACGUGGACGGAUGUCGAGGUGAAGAAGCUCCAGGUGCGGUUGUCCGUCCUCGCGCCGUUGUCCCCCUAUGCUGAUGCGAGCGGCAGCCAUACGUGGACCUGGUGCGGGGCGAGUCCAAGCCGCAGCACUCGAUCUUGCUGGACUAUACGAGGGUCAAUGUUCUUGAGCGCCGCGGGAUACGCCUCUGCGGCGGCUUUGUACGACCUCGAGCCGCCGCCGUUCAUCACUAAGGACGGUUACACCGUCGCCCCGUUCGAGUUACCCACCGACAUCGCCAGUAACGGCACGGCGCGGGUGAACGCGACCGCGGUUCAGUCGGAUCCGGGGUGCCAGUUCGCGCAGGUGUCCAUGGUCCAGUUUAACGACAGCGACGGCGUCCUGUUCUGGAACAACAGCGCGUCGUUCAACGGGUGCACGUUCUCGUGGAACGUGAGCAGGCUGGCGGACCACCUGUUUGGGACGGACUUGGUCCAGGACUGUCAGCAGGAUACUCCUUCGCAGUUCCAGCCUCUGGUGUUCUGGUUCUUCACUUACCUCCCCAAGCCCGCGGCGUCGAUCUCGUUCUGCACGCCCAGCAUCCACCUCCGCAGCGUGCUCGUGGACGUGUCGAUCGCGGACGGGAACGUGACGGCGCUGCGGGACGUCGGACCGCUCGCGGGCAACUUUUCGUCGCUCGCGGCGAACGUGUCGAGCCUCGCGGGGGCGUACAACGGGAUCAGCUUUCCGUUCGUGAACGACACGACGGACCCGUUCGUGCUCGAGCGCGGGAACGCGACCCGCUUCGUGCUCCCCGCCGCGAUCUUCCAGGCGGCGCAGACGAGCCCGCAGGGGCUGACGGCGACGUUCUCCACGGACGGCUUCUUGGGCUUGAGCACGUCGGUAUACCGGACGUUCCUCGCGCUCGUAGCGAAGAGUGUGUACUUCCUUUCGGCGCAGGAGCCCAUCUACAUGGAGGUCCUCACGAUCAAGAAGCGGCUCUUCCUCAGCGACGUCGCGGUGCACCUGCUCGCCGCGGCGUUGUUCAUCCUCGCCAUCUUCAGCACCUCGCUCCAGUUCCUCCAUCGGGGCGAGCGGGAGGAGCUCAGGCUGGCGCAUAAGCCGGGCACGAUCGCGUCCGCGAUGAGCAUCGGCGGGAGGAGCACCGUCGGCGAGCUCUUGGACGGGCGGCAGCGGGAGGAGGAUAUCGUGCAGGCGUUGAGGGAUAAGCGGUUCAGGAUCGAUCCGCGGACGAUGAAGAUCGUGAUGCAGGGCGAGGAAGGGUACGAGAGCGCGUCGACGCCGCGCAAGUCGGUAUUUGAGAGCCUUUCGGUCCCUGCUGGCAAGAUCAGCAACCGGUUCUCGAAGCGGUUCUCGACGUCGAAAACCACCCCGCUGCCGCCCAGCACGCCAUAA